GCCUCCUGCUGCUGUGGCUGCUGCCGAAGCUCCUGCUGCGGUUGAAGCUGCUGCAGCAGUCCUUGCUGCUGCUGCAGCGGAAGCAGAAAGUGCAGCGGCAGCAGGAGCCAAAGAUACAGGAGGCGCUGCAGCAGCAGCUACUUCUGCUGCUGCUGUUUGCUCCACGGCUGACCCGGCCUCUCCUGGGGCGGAGGACGGAGGAGAGAGCAGCAGCAAGCAGCAUCAGCAGCAACAACAGCAGCAGCAACAGCAACAGCAGCAGCACCAACAGCAACACCAGCAAUGCCGCGGGAGUGGUGAAGCGGCUUCCAGUAGCGCAGCAGCAGCUGCAGCAGCAUCAGCAGCCGCUGCUGCAGCAACUGUGUCUGCAGCUGAGCAGCAGAGGGAUGGGCGUGCUGCAGGCGCGAAGGGCCGCAGGAACAAGCAUCAGCAGCAGCAGCAGCAGCAGCAGCUGCAACAGCAGCAGCAGCAGCAGCAGCAGCAGCUUAGUGGGAAGUGCCCGAGGACGAAGGCUGAAGGGGCGGUUGCUGCAAAGUGCGGCAGCAACAACGCGCAGCAGCAGCAGCAGCAGCAGCAGCUGGCAACAGAUGCAAGCCCUGUUGCCGCUGCUGCUGCGGCGACCAGCAAAGCAGCAAAGCAGCUGCCAGCAGCAAAAAAGGGAGCAGCAGCAGCAGGAAUUGAUGGGACUGCUUUUGCUGCUGCAGACGCUUCAAGUGCAGGUACAGCCGUAGAAGGGGCGGGCUCCAGCAGCAACACUCAGCAGCAGCAGCAGCAGCAGCAGCGUGCUGCUGCAGGCGCGCGACAGCGGGAAGAGCUGCAGCUGCUGCAGCAGAUGAUACAGUUCUUGGAGCAGCAGCAUAUACCCUACUGGCUGCAGCGGGGCGAGCUGCCUGACGCUGCACUGGGGUGCAUUAGCAGCAGCAGCAGCAGCAGCAGCAGCAACAGUUUGCUGCAGAAGUUUGGGUGGAAGCAUAUAAAGGGUGGGAUGGGGAGACAGGGCUGCAUACGAUUCCCCAGAAAGCUUGCUGCUGACUACUUGGUUGCUGCUGCUGCUGCUGCUGCUGCUGCUGCAGGAGCGGGACGGUCAGACGCAAAUGCAGCAGCAGCAGCAGCAGCGGCACCUGCUGCUGCUUUCCAGGGAAGGCAGCAGCAGAAGCAGCAAUCUGCUGCACGCCACGACUCUGCGGCGAGCAGCAGCAUUUGCAGCAACAGCAGCAGCAACACCAACAGCAGCAGCAGCAGUAGAGCUGCAUUUAAGGGGAAGGAGGCGUCGCCCCGCAGCAUUUUAUCUGCUGCAGCAUCAGCGCAGCGAACAAUGCAGAAACAGCAGCAGCAGCAGCAACAGCAGCAACAUCAGCAGCAUCAUCAUUAUCAUCAGCAACAGCAGCAGCAACAGCACAAGACAGGUUAUUCUCCCGCAGCAACGCGAGGAGGCAGCGGGCCUUUUGCUGCUGCUUUCCUCCACUCAGCAGCAGGAACAGCAGCAGCAGCGCCAGCAGCAGCAGCAGCAGCGCCAACAGCAGCAGCAGCAGCACCAGCAGCAGCAGCUGCUGCAAGGGGUUGGGGACCAUCUGCUGCACGCGAUGAACAGCAGCAGCAAAAGGGUUGGUGUGAGGUGCUUUUCGGGCCUCGCAGCAACUCUGAAGCAGCAGCAGCAAACAGCACUAGCAGCAGCAGCAAGAGCAGCAGCAGCAGCCGCCCCAGUCGCAGCAGCAGCCACGUGGUGUUGCCGUCGGUACCCAUGUCUCCUAUCACCCCCCCGAGAGCAGCAGCAGCAGCAGCAGCAGCAGCAGUGGGCUCUCCUAUUGGCGCUGGCAGGAACUCGCUGCAUGGUGACAGCAGCAGCAGCAGCAGCAGCAGCAGCAGCAGUGGUUUCCCUCGUAUGCAAUCAUUUCCUUGCGAGGCAGCAUCAGCAGCUGCAAGGCCUGGUUCUGCAGCGAUUGGCAGCAGCAGCAGCAGCAGCAGCAGCAGCAGGGUUCUGCAAGGUGAUGGGCGCGGUGGGGAGACCGCAGCAGGAACAGCAGCAGGAGUUGCAGCUGCCACUGCUGCUGCUGAGCAGCAGCAGCAGGUGUGGGGCGCAGCAGCAGCAGCAGCAGCAGCAGGCCAGCGACAGCCGCAGGAGAGAGACGCAGCAGAUAGAAUGAGACCUGCGCAGCAGCUGCUUGCUGCUGCUCUACUGGCGGAUUUCAGCAGCAGCAGCAACGGGGGGUGGCUGCCUUUCUGCAGCUCACGAGCCUCGCAGCAGCAGCAGCAGCAGCAGCAACAGCAGCAGCAGCAACAGCUGCAGCUGCAGCAGCAGCUGGAGCAGCAACGCCAGCAGCAACUGCUUCUGCAGCUACAGAGACAACACCAACACCAACUGCAGCAGCAGCAGCAGCAGCGACAACAACAGCUGCAGCAGCAGCAGCAGCAGGGAGACGACUCUCUGUUCUUCUGCAGCAUUCCUUCUCCAAGGGCAGCAGAUGUAAGCUGCGUAUACACUCAGAAACCAGGCCGAGUAGCAGCAGCAGCAGCAGCGCCUGCAGCAACAACAGCAGCAACAGCAGCAACAGCAGCAACAGCAGCAACGAGCGGAGUUGAAUCUCUGCUGCUGGGAGGAGGGGGUCCUCAGGACCCACUGACAUCUUGGCUUCUUGAUGAAGCGAUACUGCAGCAGCAGCAACAACAGCAGCAGCAACAGCAACAGCAGCAGCAGCAGCAGCAACAGCAACAACAGCAACAGCAACAGCACCUCCUUUCUGCAACGGGCUCGCAAGGAGCCACAGCAGCAGCAGCAGCAGCAGCUGCUGCUGCUGCUGCUAGCUUUGCUGCUAACACAGGUAUUUGGUCUGUGCCAGCCGAUGUUGAGAGCGACGCCGCAACAGCAGCAGCUGCUGCUGUUGCUGCACGCUUCCUCCCUCCAGGCUACGGGCGCAGCAGCAGCAGCAACAGCAGCAACAGCAGCAGCAGCAUAGCAGCAGCAACAGCAGAAGCGCUGGCUGGGCUGCUGCAGCCUCCUCCCCCAGGGCUGUCGCGGCAGAUGGGGAAUUCCACAAGUGCAGCAGCAGCAGCUGCUGCUGCAGCAACAGCAGCAGCAGCAGCAGCAGCAGCAGCAGCACGAAGCAGCAACAGCACCAGGGGAAGCCCUAACCUUGCGCUACACUCUCUGUGGGGCAACAGCAGCAGCAGCAACAGCGGCAGCAGCAGCAGCAGCAGCAGCACUUGUCUGGGGCUUGGCCUUGGCUCACCUAUCACAGAUAACCGAGACCGACAGCAGCAGCCUUAA